AUGUGGAAGACUCAGAUUCAAGUUGCUGCUCUGAAUCAGGAAAAGCAAGGACUUGAAGCUCUAUCUCUUACACCUGAGCUGGAAAUGAAUCUGAAAAAAUUGUUACCUAAGAGAAGUAUCCCUCUUAGUGACUUUGAAAUCUGUCUUGUUGUUUUGCUUACAAUUUUUGUGUGUGUUUGUGCUGGAUUAAUUGCACUUGUAUGGGUACUAAGCAAGGAGUUGCAACAAGUAUAUGGAAACAGUCAUGCAGCCACAGGAACAUUUAAAAUACUGUCAGGAGCAUCAUUCAGCCCUGGUUUACAAGACAACUCAUCAGCUGACUUCAAGGCUCUUGCCUUUGAUAUUCAACAAUUGAUAAAUGAAAUCUAUCAAGCAAGUCAGCUGAAGAAUGAAUAUAAGAACUCUGAAGUUUUGCAGUUCAAAAAUGGCAGCAUUAUCGUAAUAUUCAACCUAUACUUUGCACAGUGGGUAUCUAAUGAGAAAACAAAGAAUGAACUCGUUUUAGGAACUAACGCAAAUAAAACUAGCCUUUUGCAGACUAUUAACAUUGAUGUGAACAGCAUAGAAAUCACAGCUCCUGAAACUCUGACUACAAGCCCAUCUCUAUCAUCAUCAGAGCCUGCGAAUCUCACUACAAGUCCCCUUCCAUCAGCUUCAGUUUCAGUGACAUGUUUGCCUCCUGAAGAACCUUGUGCUGAUGCCAUAAACUGCAUAAGUAAAGACUUAUUUUGUGAUGGAGUACCAAACUGCCCAGAUGGUUCAGAUGAAUCUGAAAAAAUAUGUGCUACAACUUGUGAUGGAAAAUUUAUGUUGACUGGCUCCUCUGGAUCUUUCCACUCUAUUAAUUAUCCAAAGCCUUAUAAUUCAAACAUUGUUUGCCAAUGGAUUAUACGUACAAAUAAAGGAUUAUCCAUUAAACUAAACUUCACUUCCUUUGAUACCCAACAAUAUGCAGACAUUUUAAAUAUUUAUGAAGGUACAGGACCAAGCAAGAUUUUAAGAGCUUCGCUCUGGGGGACAAAUCCUGGAACAGUUUACAUUUUUUCUGAUGAGGCUACCGCAGAGUUUAUUACAGAUUAUUCUGAAAAUUAUAAUGGAUUCAAUGCAACAUAUACCAUUUUUAGUACCAGUGAGCUAAGCAAUAAUGAAAAAAUUAACUGCAAUUUUGAAGAUGGCUUUUGUUACUGGAUUCAAAGUUUAGAAGAUGAUAGUGAAUGGGAGAGAAUUAGUGGGCCUACCUUUCCCUUUAUGUCUGGCCCUGAUUAUGAUCAUACAUACGGCAAUUUGUCAGGAUUUUAUAUUUCAACACCCACAGGAUUUACAGCAAGACAGGAGAGAGUUCGGCUUUUUAGCUUGCCUUUAGUUCCGGCUUCAGAUCAAUUCUGUCUAAGUUUUUGGUAUCAUAUGUAUGGUACUAAUGUUUAUCGUUUAAGUAUUAACAUCAUGAAUAGCAGUAACAUGGAGAAGACAGUUUUCCAGAAAGAAGGAAAUUAUGGAAACAACUGGAAUUACGGACAAGUAACAUUAAAUGAAACAUCUAAUUUUAAGGUUAUUAUUGAUGCCUUUAAAAACCCAGGUCAAAGUGAUAUUGCCCUGGAUGACAUUGGCCUGAUAAGUGGACAGUGUAAGGAAAGCAUUUAUCCAGAACCAACUUUGGUUCCAACAAGCACUACUCCACCUUCACUUCCCACUGACUGUGGGGGACCAUUUGAACUCUGGGAACCAAAUACUACAUUCAGCUCUACAAAUUUCCCGAACAACUACCCACACAAAGCUUCCUGUGUGUGGUAUUUAAAUGCUGGAAAAGGAAAAAACAUUCAGCUUCAUUUUCAAUAUUUUGAGCUGGAAAAUAUCUAUGAUGUCGUUGAAAUCAGAGAUGGAAGAGGAGCGGAUUCCUUGUUUUUAGCUGUCUAUACUGGACGAAACCCUGUUCCAGAUGUCUUCUCCACCACUAACCAGAUGACAGUGCUCUUCAUUACUGACAAAUUCGGAACUCAGAAAGGAUUUCUUGCAAAUUUCACUUCUGGUUAUAAUCUUGGCAUGCCUCAACCCUGUGGACCCAAUGAUUAUCAGUGUGGAAGUGGGGAAUGUAUACCCCUUGCUAACCUUUGCGACAAACAAUGGCAGUGUAAAGAUGGCUCUGAUGAAGCAGAGUGUGUGCGUCUGUUUAAUGGUUCGCUAAGCAUCAAUGGAUUGGUACAGUUCAGGAUUGAGAAUAAUUGGUCUACAGUAUGUGCAGAUUACUGGAGUGAGCAGAUUCUAAACAAAGUUUGUCAGCUGCUAGGACUAGGAAAUAUGUCUACAUCAUCAGCGAUGUUAUCCACUGGAAAUGGGCCAUUUGUAAAAAUCACCAAAGCAGCUAACCAGAGCCUAAUACUUACACCAAGCAAACAGUGUCUCAGUAAUCUGGUGAUUUAUCUACAAUGCAACAAUAAACCUUGUGGAAAACGACUCAUAACUCAGGAGAUCAGUGCAAGGAUUGUAGGUGGAAGUGAUGCCAAAGAAGGAGCUUGGCCUUGGGUAGUCUCACUGUUUUUUAAUGAAAAACCUAUAUGUGGAGCUUCCCUCAUCAGUGAUGAAUGGCUAGUCUCAGCAGCGCACUGUGUAUAUGGGAGGAAUUUAAUACCAUCUCAGUGGAAAGGAGUGCUCGGCUUGCAUACCACUUUGAAUCUCACAUAUCCUCAGACAGUAAUUCGAAAGAUCGAUCAAAUUGUCAUAAAUCCUCAUUAUAACAAGCGCACAAAAAAUAAUGACAUUGCUAUGAUGCAUCUUCAAUUCAAAGUGAAUUAUACAGAUUACAUACAGCCUAUUUGCUUACCAGAAGCAAGUCAACAGUUUUUGCCAGGAAUUAAUUGCUCUGUUGCUGGCUGGGGUAGAACUAUAAAUCAAGGUUCCACUGCAAACAUAUUGCAAGAAGCAGAGGUCCCUCUUAUAACAAAUGAGAAAUGCCAACAACAGAUGCCAGAAUAUAAUAUUACAGAGAAUAUGAUGUGUGCAGGCUAUGAUGAAGGAGGAAUAGAUUCCUGUCAGGGAGAUUCAGGAGGGCCCCUGAUGAGUCAAGACAAUAACAGGUGGCUUUUGGCAGGUGUGACAUCCUUUGGCUAUCAAUGUGCAUUGCCCCAGCGUCCUGGAGUGUACGUUCGAGUCACACAAUUUGUGGACUGGAUAAAACAAUUCAUACGUUAGCUUGAUUUUAAAAAACAAAAAUAGAAUGUAAAGGCAAAUACUAAGCAAGAUUAUAAUAUACCACAUAGCAUUCAAAGCUACUGGUGAGAGAAACUGAAUAAAAUCCUGUCAUUCAAAAUGAGAUUUAGACAUAACCAAACUUUUGGGAGGAAAACAUUAAAUAUUAAGAAACUCUAUCAUAUCAGAAAGCAAUAUUUCAAAACAGCCCCAGUUGUCUUUUUGCCACUGGUUCUUACCACUUUACAUUGACAGCUCUAUGAGAUAUUGUUUUACUAUUUGUCCACCUUACAGACAUAUUAUUGAACAAAUACCAAUGCCCAGUACAUUAUGGAAACCUGCACAAAGAUUUAGAAGGAGUAAAAUCUGUGAUGUGCACAGGAUACACUAUUUAUUGAGUAACAGCUAUAUAAAUUAUUAAUCCCAGGCCAAACAUUUGAACAGCUUUUCAGGGUUUUCAUGCUUUCCUUCCCAAUAUUCAUUCCCAUUUCAAUGCAUAGGGAAUGUUGUUUAAUAAUCUCCAUACAUCAAAAUGGGGCUGUACCCUAACUGUUUAUGAGAUCAUGAGAGCUCCUUUGUUCCUAUUACGAACAGUUCUGGAAUAUGUUUUAUACAUGGAGAUGGUGUGCA